UGUCAUGAAACUAUGAGAUAAAGCCCAAUUGCUCAACAAAACAAGACACACUUGUCCUUUCCCUGUUACAAAGAAACCAAAAUAGUGCCGUCCAUGUUAAACAUCCGUGCUACCCAUGGAGUUCCUCUGUGUCUUUCAGGGACACUCCACCCUCUUCCACUUUCUCAUGAGAUGGCAGAUCACGACCGUAGGAGACAGGCCAUGAUGAGGAGACAAAGAUCACUCUUCAUAGAGGGUAUUCAUCAUGCAAAUCAAGAAAUGGGUAGCCAGAUUAACUUUGUUAGAGACUUUCUAGUGGUCAAAGGUGAAGAUCUGGAUGACAUCUUGCAUGAUCUGUUCCAAAUUAACAUGGGUUUAACUGCAAGAGCUGCUUAGCUUCUUAACCAAAAUCUCACUACUACUUUGUGAACUUGAUUGUCUGGCUUCUUACGUAAUUUUAUUAUGUUCCCAUUUGGCUCUUCUUUGUUAUGUUUCUAAAUUUGUUUUCUUUAACUAUGUGGAUCCUCCUCUUGUAUUCCUGCUCCUGUGGUUAAUUCUUCUCAUGAUGUUGCAUAUAUGCAUAAUGCAUUGUUCAUGUUGUGUGUGGCAGGCACUUCAAUUCAACCUCAAAACUGCCGUAUGUUAAUUUAAAUUCCCUACAGUUGGAUUC